AUGUUAACUCGUGGUCAAUUGAAAAAUAACCCAGAAUUUAUAGACGGCAGUCAAACAGCAGCAGAUAUUUUACGAAAAAAUUUUGACACUUCAGUAAUUGAUGAAGAUAACGAAAGUAAUGUCGAAAUUAUGAAUUUAUUUGAUGAAAAUGCACAAGAAUCACCAACGUACAAACCAAAAAGAUUUAUUAGAAUGGAUAAUCGAAAUUCAAAUGAUACACAAAUUGAUACACAAUCUACGGCCUCUUCGUCUUCGAUAACUAAGUAUGUUCCGUCGGGUAAUGUUGAAGUUAUGUCUAGUGAUCGGAAAAGACCAGCAGUUGUAAUGGAUGGAUUCUAUUAUAAUCACCAUGUAUCUAACAAAAGUAAAGCAAUUGAUACAUAUCGAUGUCGUGCUGGUGGUUGUGGUUCUACUUCUCAUUUACAUGGUCCAGAUCCUUUAAAAGCACAAUUGAAAGUUGUUCAUCAUGAACUGAUCGAAGAACUUCAACGUAAUUUUGUUCCAAUAUCACACGCUAUAUCUUCGAAGUUGUCUAAAACAAAAUGGUCUGAAUCAAAAAAAGAAUCAUUACCACAUCCUGAGAAAUGGCGUAAUUUUCUGCGUUUUUUAUCUAUUGCAAGACGCGGUAUAUUAAAAUUAAGACAUCGUAAGUUACCACCUAUUCCAAAGACUGAAAAUUUUACCAUUCCGGACCAAUUUACCAAAACACGUAACGGUGAAUUGUUUUUGAUACAUGAUACUACACAUUCAAGAUUAGGUGGUCGACUAUUGAUGUUCUCCAGUCCAGCUCAGUUGAAGCGGCUUUUUAAAUGUGAAAUUCUGUCGUGUGAUGGAACAUUCUCAUCGACUGCCAAACCGUGGAAACAGUGCUAUAUUAUCAUGGGGAAAGUUGGUGAUAUCCUUGUACCAUUAGUUAUCUGCUUGACUAUGUGUCGCACAAAAACAUUAUACAUGAAAAUAUUAAUGGUUUUGGAUGAUAUAGCUGUGAGCCAGAAUACAACAUUUUUACCAUCGAGUAUAUUAUCUGAUUUUGAAGAUCCGUGGAUUCAGGCGGUUACAGCAGUUUUACCAUUGACAAAAAUUACAGGAUGCUCAUUUCACAUGAAUCAAGCCAUCUACAGAAACGUUCAAUAUCUAGGUCUUGCUGGUGCAUACAAAAAUGAACCUGGUAUACAGACAGUGAUCAAGAAACAUAUGGCUUUGAGUUUUCUACCAGAACAGUAUCUAAAAGAUGGAAUUCAAUUAGUUAAAGCUGAAACUAAAAAAUUUCCUGAAUUGGUACAAUUUUCUAAAUAUUUUGAACAUACUUGGCUACAUGAAUUUCCUCCAAAACUAUGGAAUGUUGGUGAUCUGAGUAUUCGUACAAAUAACAAUCAAGAAGGAUUCAAUAAUCGUUUCAAUUGUCAUAUGCAACAGAAGAGACCAAAUAUUUGGUAUUUUAUUCAAGUCAUUCAAGUGGAGGAAUUCGAUGCCAGUCAAACGAUCAAUGCAGUUGAAGCUGGUUCAUACACAUAUUCAAUCAAAAAGAAGAAGAAUGUUGAGAAAGCUGCUGCUAAAUUACAACAAAUUAAAAGUUUACAUGAAAAAUUAAUUGCAAAAAGUAUGAGUUUGGAUGAUGUAUUAACAGUAUUUUCACGUAUGGUUGCUGAAGACCAGGGAGCCAAAAAGAGAAGACUCAAGCAAGAAGUAAAGGCCAAAAAACAACAGCAGAACACAACAGCCAAAAGAUCUAGAUCAGCAGCAGCUGCACAUACUCGUACUGGACGUCGUAAUUAUGAUUGA